AUGACAGUGUCAGAAAACGAUUUAGUUGAGAGUCGCAAUGCUCUUAACCGCACAGGGCGUGAAAUUCAGCAGGCAGCCAAGUAUUGUAGCGGUUACUACUUGGCGGCCUCUUCAAAUAGUCAACGCCGGGCGAUUGAUGAGACAAUGAAUUACGCCACUCAAUCUCUAGGAACAAUGAUUCAUCACAUCAAUCACCUGGCCAACGCUUUUCUUGCUCUUCUCGAUGACCGCACCGAGAAGAUUACAGAAGUUGAGGAGAAAUUAUCUCAACUUGCUAUGGAAGUGAAAAUUCGCCGAGAGAAGGUUGCUCGAAAAGCCAUCGGUACUUGCACUACUUCAAAAGCUCCUGUGAAAUGUACUUUGACCAAAAUUCGUCAAGAUCCACCCGCUGAAUAUGUUCGCCGGCCAAUUGAUUACUCUCUUCUCGAUCUUAUUGGUCAUGGAAGUAGAACUCACGAACCAGUGUCGAGUCCCUACGUCGCACCGAUAGUUCAUGCUCAAACUCUGACUCGAAGAGGAAGUACGGCGACUUACCAGAUGGGUGUCCAUGGCAAUACGAUUAACCCCAAAGCUAUGGGUAUAAAGGGGGAAUAUGCGGCAACUUCAGUAACUACAUCGGAGUAUCAAUCCGGAAUGGUGGGUCGCCAUGCGGGCAUCUAUCGCACCGGUAUGAUGGGUCACUACGGUAUGUCUAGCAACUCCUAUGCAACUAGUCAACAACAACAGACUCCAAGCCAACCCGGUCAGCAAGUGCUUGUCCCAGGAAAUAGAAAUCAUCCACCUUCCAGUGGAUCUGGUGCUGGGGGAUAUGCUUCGAAUUCACUUGGUGGUCAGUCUCGUCGGUCUAGUAGUUCGUCAGGAAAUCAGCCUCCUAGAAGUGCUGGUCCAACUUCUGUUCAGGGAUAUGCUCCCACGGGAUUGCUUAUGGCACAGCAAGCAUCACAACAAGUUCAACAACAGCAGCCGGUUCCUCCUAUGCCUAUGUCGGCUGGUUACGCAAGCAAGCAGCAAAUCUUCCCUCUGAGCGAUCAACGCUCACCUUCACAUGAACACCAACAGCAAAUGCAGCCUCCUCAGCAUCAGCAACAAGUCAUGUAUGGACGUCAAAUCUCUGAACAAAUGGGGGGAGGAGGAGGAGUUCCUAUUCAACAUCAUUUCCCUCCAUUCCAGCAACCACAAGGACCUCCCACUCAAACUCAACAGCAGAGCCAACAGAUGUUGCAGCCUCAACAUCAGCAGUUUAGACCUGAGAUAAAGAAUACAGCUUCAAGUGACUUGCCACCACCUCCGAAUGAGAUGCCCUCCCAGGUUGUCAGGCAACAACAACAACAGAUGCCUCUUCAAGUUGACCCCAACUCUGGAAUGAUGUCUCACAUCCAGCAACAGCAAUACAACCAACAACCCUCGAGUAAUGUUGGCGGAGUCGACUUGAGUCGUCUGCAACCCAGUCCUAUGGAUCAAUUGAGACCUCGUCAACACAACGAUCCACCAUGGGCACCGCAUCAUUACAUCCAGAAGGUCGUCACUGUGUACGAAUAUACGGCGGACAAGAGUGAUGAAUUAACCUUCGGCGAGAACGAAUUGAUUUACGUGAUUAAGAAGAAUGAUGACGGUUGGUGGGAGGGCAUCAUGAUGAACGGACAAACUGGCCUCUUUCCUGGCAACUACGUGGAAGUUAUUGAUUAA